GAAGUUUGAGGCUCUUACUUCCGACUUUGCUGUUGCUGCGUUGAGGAAGAGAUGGCAGUCGUUCCAGCUCAGUCGCUCCGGGUCUCCGAAAUCCGGGACCCGGCGGCCCUGUUCGAACGCUACAACACCGAGGAGAUUCGGACGAUAGAGCGCAAGGUUCGGGGAGAGAUCGAGGAGAAGAAGGAGGAACUCCGGCAGAUGGUCGGCGAGCGCUACCGGGACCUGAUCGACGCCGCGGACACCAUCGGGGAGAUGCGGCAGAGUUCGGAGAGUGUGGUUCUCUCGAUCCAGGACAUGUACCGAUACUGUCACAAACUGAAGCAGGGGAAAACUCCCGCUCCUGCAAAUAACAAACAGGAGACGCAGAGGCAGUCCCAGGAGAAGUUCUACAGCAUGGCGUCCCAGAUCAAGCUCCUGCUGGAGGUGCCCGAGCGCAUCUGGAGCGCCAUGGAGGCGUCACAGUACCUGCGGGCCACGCAGCUCUACCUGCUGUGCAGCCACCUGCACGGCCUGCUGGGCCUGGAGGGCGGGGCCGCCCACUACAGCCCCGUGCUCGCCCGCUUCCCCGUGCUGGUGCGCCAGGUCGCUGCCGCGGGACACUUCAGAGCCACCAUCCUGCUGGACAGCAGGUCUCUCCUGCGGGGCCGGGCGGUGUCGGACCAAGCCAUCACCGAGGCGCUGGUCUCCACCAUGCUGCUGGAGGACAGCUCUCCCCGCCAGGCCCUGGCCGACUUCCUCCUGGCCAGGAAGGCCUCCAUCCAACAGCUACUCAACCAGCCACAGCACGGUGCGGGCAUUAAGGCGCAGGUGUGCUCGCUGGUGGAGCUGCUGGUCACCACGCUGUACCAGGCGUACGCCGUGUUCUACACCCCCCGUGAGGGCACGCCCAGCGACCCGGGGCUCAGCUGCGGCCUGCUCUUCACCACCCUGGAGAGCGUCACCUCCACCACGUCCGCAGGGAAAGGGCAGAAGGUUCUGCAGGAGGAGGUGAGCGGGGGCAGCUGGUUUAAGUACCUGCCCCCGUCGGUGCUGGACUUCCAGCCGGCGCUGCGCAUGCUGGCCCAGCCCAUCCAGGGGGAGCAGCUGAGAGACACCCUGCAGCAGUGGAUCCACACCUGUAAAGAGGACGUGCGCAGUGGGGUGAGCGGGCUGCUGGUGUACGUGAAGAGUCUGAAGGGCCUGGCCGCCAUCAGAGACGCCGUCUGGGACCUGCUGAGCAGCGAGUCCAUCAGCCAGCACUGGGCCACCGUGUGCCAGCGCCUGCUAGAGCGCCCCCUACCGCUCUGGGAUGACUUCCUGCAGCAGCUCUUCCUGCAGCGGCUCCAGGCUCUGACGCGGGAGGGCACGGAGGGCGUGUCCAGCGGCUCCCGGCAGCUCCUGACGUCCACGCUGCGCGAGCUGGAGGCCCAGUCCAGCAGGGCGGCGCUGUUCGAGCGGGACGUGGCGUCCUUCCUGUGGGCGGAGUCUCCGGGGGACCUGGCGAGCGACGCGGCGUGGGUGAGCGUGUCCCAGCGGGGGGCCCGGGCGCGGAGCGGGCUGGCCAUGAAGACGCAGGCGCUCACGCCCUGCGUGCAGACCGUCUGCGCAGCGCUGGACGCCAAGCUGAAGGCGCAGCUGGACGACCUGCAGCACUACCUGCCCUCCGAGCCCCGCCCCGCGGGCGGAGCCUCCGCCUUCGACCGCUUCACGGACGCGGGCGUGGUGGAGGACACGCUGCGGGCACACUGCCUGGCCUGCGUGCGCGACGUGCUCUCCUGCGUGCGCGCCGAGCUGGCCGUCGCCCGGGGCGACGCGCUGGGGCCCCGCCCACCCGCGCAGCUCAGCUCCGCCCUCUUCCUGGCCCGGCUCUGUCAGUCCGUGGCCGAGCUCUGCCCCAACCUGAAGCAGUGCAUCCUGGGAAAGCAGGCGGGCCCCGACCCCGUCGGCAGAGCCACCCCCCGUCAGGGCAAGAAGCUGGGGAAGAGCGUUUCCAAGGCGACGGAGGUCAGCCCCGCCCAGGCGCAGUGGGCGGAGCUGAAGGAGGAGCUGCAGUCCUGCAGCAUGGAGGCCUAUCGCAUAUGGAGCUCCGCCCUGUCCCAGGAGCUUGUGAGGAGCUUCACAGAUGGUCUCCAUGCCGACUCCCCCGGCUCAGUUCUGGCCACAGCCACAAACUGGGAGGAGCUGGAGAUACAGGAAGAGGCGGAGUCAGGGAGCAGCGUCACGUCCAAAAUCCGCCUUCCUGUCCAGCCCUCCUGGUACGUGCAGUCUCUGCUCUUCCACCUGUGCCUGGAGGUGAACAGGGUCGGAGGUCACGCCCUGCCCAAGGUCACCCUGCAGGAGCUCCUGAGAGGCUGUUUGGACCUGGUGGUGUCUGAGUACGAGAAGCUCACCCAGCACCCUCAGAGCAAGGACGGCUCGUUCCCUGUCACUCAGAGUAGGGCUCUGCAGCUGCUGUUUGACCUGCGCUUCCUCUGCAGCACCCUGAGCCCCCGUCCCGAAGACAGCAAGAGCCCCCGCCCCGCCCAGGACCCCCGGGUGCAGCAGGUGUGUGACCUCCUGGAGAGCCACAUCGACCCCUUCGACCUGGACGUGUUCACCCCCCCGCUCAACAGCAACCUCAACCGCCUGUCGCAGAGGACCUCGGUGCUGCUGGGUCUGCUGACGGGCCCGGAGAAGCAGUUCAGCUCCCGGGGAAACAGCGUCGGCUCCCAGGAGCCCUACAACAUCCUGCCCCUGGCUAGCAGCCAGAUCCGGUUUGGGCUGCUGCCCCUCAGCAUGUCGCAGUCCAGGAAGGCCAAGGCAGCGACGCUGGGUGUGGACGUCACGCGCCCGCUGGUCCCCCCUGCAUCCGCCCCCCCCACGGAGGCCACCCUCCGCCCGGGGAGUCUGUUCAGACAGCUGACCAAUCAGGAGGAAGACUCGGUCACACCCUCUCUCUUCAAACUGGGCUGGCUGUCUGGAAUGACCAAGUGAUCAUUUCACCGGGCGUUUUAACGUGUACAGACUGUAACAUACGCAUCUAUAAAUGCACUCUCAAACACUAAUGCAGAUUUGGAGGUGUAUGAUUGAUUAAUACAGUUUCUUUUAAAUCCAGCCACUCCGUUGAGUUGAUCACAAUGUGGGAUGUCUAGACCAGCUUUGAAUCAUCACAGAUCUUAUUGCUAUAACACAAAAAUAGUGUAAAGUUGUACUAUAGUGUCAAAUAUUUUUCAAAUUUGUUUUCUACAAACUUUUAAAAAAUGAAGCAUUGUUUCUGACUGAGUGCAGAUAAACAGUUCUACAUUA